CGCUGUCUUCGGAUUAAAUGAAGUUUCUCUUUCUUUUUUAUCUCAAACAGCCGAGCCGAGCCGAGCCGAGCCUAGCCUAGCCUUAAAUAACUGUCACGCUUUCCUGUACCAUUGUUCGUUGCUUGUUCCUCUCAUCUCCCUCUUCCCCUAUCUCGUCGCUCUUCCGGCCCCUUUCUCUUGUGCUCUUCCUUCCUCCCCCUCGCGCGCUCUUCUUCUUCUCCCGUCACUGGUUCCGUGCUGACUCUGUUUCCUUAUUGCGCUCCAACUGCUCGACGAAAUGCCUGAACAAUGCUCUCCCUCGCCUCCGCAUCCCCCAACCUCACCUUCCCGCCCAUCCUCCUAGACUCCGCCCCCAACAAGUCUCCCCCUUUCCUCUUCCUUCCCCGCCGCGGACCCAGGAGGAGGAGACCCCGUUCUCUGUUGGGUGCGGAGGGCAUUGAGCGGGCGAGGAAUAGGUGCGAGAUUUGUCGGGUUCCUGGGCUCGUGAGGAGGUGCAGGAGGGAGCAGGACGGCGAGACGGAGACGGAUACUGCCCUGGAGGCUGAGAUUAUGGAGUUCGUGAAGGACUCCGAGAACCCCAACUUGUUCCCUACCAAGAAGCAGCUUCUCCAUGCAGGGAGGGCGGAUUUGGUGGAGGCGAUUUCGCAGCGGGGUGGGUGGCUUUCUCUGGGCUGGGACUUGGACUCUGAAGAGGGGAGUGGCUACUGCCCUUAUGAUGUUGAUUUCGGGGAGGAAUCGGAUGGUGGGAUCGAUAGGGAAGUAGGCAGCAGCCAUCAACAGCGUGGAAAUUUGGAGCUGGACAGUUCUUCAAUUGAUUCCUCACAUUCAGGAGUUUCACUAGAAUCUUCAAUCGAGAGUAAUUCUGGGAUAGAGGGUAUACUGAGUCGACUGGAGAAGGAGAGGAACAUUACGUUUGGUGUUGGUUUGAGAGAUAAAGGAGGCAACGACCUUAUUUCGAUAAAUGAUGUUAAAGAUGGCAGUGAUCAGGGAAUGCCAACAGAUGAGACAGUUGCUGUAAAUGAAGGAAGACUCAAUCCCACCUCGUUGAUCUCCUAUGACCGCAUAAUUAAUGGUUCAAGAUCAAAUAUUACUCGAACUGGAACCUUUGUGGAUGUUGGUGGCUGCACGAUUCAGCCUGCAUCAUGGAGGACAUGGAGCAUUCAGAGAGCAGGUUUCUCUGAAAAUGAUUUCGAAGCAGCCGAGAUAGAUCCUCUCCGGGAUAGAAUAGAAGCAGAUAAGGACUUUUGGAAGAAUGAUGUGAUUGAAAUAAGAGAGGGAGGCAGUGAGCAAGUGGAGAUAACUACAGAUUCAGGCCCUUCUCAUGGUGAGAUCAGUCAUGAUCAAAUAAAGAGUCACCUCCAGCACCUAGAAGUGGAGCUUUCCUCUGUUCUUCAGUCACUGAGAUCGAAGUCUAUGGGAGAUGAGGAGAAGGAAUCUGUGACUGCCUCUGAGGAUCUGAGGGAGCUUUCAGAUGCUUGGGAGUUUCAGGAGAAUGAGGUGAUGAAUGCCCAGGACAGACUGCGAUCUAUACGAGCAAGGAUAGCUGUUCUAGAAGGAAAGAUGGCAUUGGCAAUAAUUGAUGCUCAAAAGACUCUGGAAGAGAAGCAGAAGAGGAUCGAUGAAACUCGUAGAGCACUGAGGCUCCUCCGUACUGCUUGCGUAGUUUGGCCGAACUCAGCGUCAGAGGUGCUCCUGUCAGGCUCAUUUGAUGGUUGGACUACCCAGAGAAGGAUGGAGAAGUCCAGCACUGGGAUUUUCUCCCUCUGCCUUAAACUUUACCCGGGCAGAUACGAGAUGAAGUUCAUAGUAGAUGGUGUUUGGAGAAUCGAUCCGCUGCGCCCGAUUGUCAACAAUAAUGGAUAUGAAAACAAUCUGCUCAUCAUUACAUAAAUAGUUCGAGCAAAAGAUCACUUGUCUGGAAAGUGAAGAAUGAUCAAGCAGCGCUGAUAUCUACUCUAGAUGGCCUUUGGGGUCCAACAAUUCUUUUGACCUUGACACUAGUACUAGAAUAAUCUGCUCAUCAUUAACUUUUAUUUGUCUUUCGUUGUCGAUGUAUUCCUAGUAGAAGUGAUUUGUUCUGACUGUUGGGAGAGAGACAACUGACCCAAACAGGUCUGUAAAUUCUCAUGUACUCAAUAUGCUAGAUUGAAUCAUUUGCUUGAAAUUAA